AUUAGUGCUCAUGCGCGAGAAACAAGUGAAAAGCCAGCUAUCAAAUCCUUGCACCAUCGGUGGACAUUACACAAAAUGUGUUAGCUACUUAGUAAGAAAUUAUUAUUAAUAAAUGUAAAUCACUAACAACGGUGUUAGUUGUGCUUCUAAUCAGUACGUUAGGUUGCAUGCAAUGGAUUAUACUGGGUCUGUUAGCUAGCUUGCUAACACUUAGCUAGCUAACGUUCAACGAGUUGGCCCAUCUUGGGCUAGCUAACACUAGUCAGUCAGUUUGGUUUCGUCUAUUUCAAAGUAUUAGCUAACUACCAGUAAUGGCUUUCACUGACUUCUCUUAUGGCACACCCGAUGUGGUAUACAAAGCCUUUAUUAACCAGACAGUCGCCAUCACAUCCACCUAGCACUGAGUCGACCCUAUGACUAAUCAGUCAUGGACAAAGGUUUGGUACCAGGUAGGACCAGUUCGGUCUCAGAGGAGAUGGAGGGGAUAUGUGUGAUGCCAGAUAUGAGUGGCAUCAAGUUGGAACACCCGGGUGGGAGUGCGGACAACACAGGUGCACAGAACGUGGCCAUGGGGAUCAAGUUCAUUCUGCCCAACCGCUUCGAUAUGAACGUGUGCUCAAGAUUCGUCAAGUCACUCAACGAGGAGGACAGCAAAAACAUCCAGGACCAGGUCAACUCCGAUUUGGAGGUGGCUUCUGUUUUAUUUAAAGCCGAGUGUAAUAUUCAGACGUCACCCUCACCUGGGAUACAAGUGCGUCAUGUUUAUACCCCGUCCACCACCAAACACUUCUCUCCCAUCAAACAGUCGACAACACUCACCAACAAGCACCGUGGUAACGAGGUGUCCUCCACACCUCUUCUGGUCCACUCUCUGUCCAUUCACCAGCUAGCAGCACAGGGUGAAAUGGUUUUCCUGGCCAGCAGGAUUGAACAAGAGACCGUGAUUAACCUGCAGGAUGAGGAAGGCUUCACCCCCCUGAUGUGGGCUGCAGCACAUGGACAGAUUGCAGUCGUAGAGUUCCUGCUUCAGAACGGAGCGAACCCCAACCUGUUGGCUAAAGGCAGAGAGAGUGCUCUGUCUCUGGCAUGCAGUAAGGGAUACACAGACAUCGUGAAGAUGCUGAUCGACUGUGGGGUGGACGUCAAUGAAUAUGACUGGAACGGCGGGGCUCCCGUGCUCUACGCUGUCCAUGGGAACCAUGUGCCCUGUGUGGAAAUGCUCCUGGAAAGUGGAGCCGACCCCACCAUUGAGUCCGACUCUGGCUUCAACGCUAUGGAUAUGGCUGUGGCAAUGGGCCAUAGGAAUGUUCAACAGGUGAUGGAGGCCCAUCUACUGAAGCUGCUUAUGGGGAUGCGAGAGUGACCAGAUCCCAGGGAAAAGCCACUAACCUGGGGGACAUGAAGGACUGCCUGGGAAUGGAAAUACAGUAUACGCCAUAAUGAAUUAAGAAAUAUGUCUGAGGACAAACGUGAAGCACGUCUACGAGACUCACCUGUUAGGCUCAUGUGUGAAACGUUUAGGAAGCAUGUGUGUGAGUAUUUAGGCACCCCAUGUAUCUGUUUUGGGUAGACGUCCUAUUGAGUUUUGUAACAAACCAUGUAAAUAACUUCUGAGCAAAAUGCCAAUGUGAGAAACUAGUGCAUAAACCCAAACUUCUACACUAAUCAUGCAUUAAUAAAUGGGGGAUGUUGAAAGUGGA